AUGCCGAGCAAGCAAAUUCCCAUCGCCAAUCCCCCGCCUUUGCCCUCCCACCUCCCCGACAGCGUCCUGGACUUGUCUGUGCAGGCCCAACGGAAACCGCUGCCCGACAAUGUCCGAAAGUCUCUCCAGGGGUUCCAGCAUGCCGCUGAAUACAUUGCUGCCGCAAUGAUCUUCCUCUGCGACAAUGUCUUGCUUGAAUCCGAACUGAAGCCUGAACACAUCAAGCCUAGACUCUUGGGCCACUGGGGAACAUGCCCGGGUAUCAUUUUAGUGUGGGCACACCUCAACUUGCUCAUCCGGAUCCAGGAUCUCGACAUGAUUUACGUCGUUGGGCCGGGUCACGGUGCCCCUGCUGCCCUGGCCGCUUUGUGGUUGGAGGGGUCGCUCGAGAAGUUCUAUCCUGGCGAAUACAACCGCAAUGCUGAGGGGCUGCGGAACCUCAUUACUAGGUUUUCUGUGCCGGGCGGGUUUCCGAGCCAUAUCAACGCGGAGACACCCGGAGCCAUCCACGAAGGUGGUGAACUUGGGUAUGCUUUGGCUGCAUCAUUUGGCGCCGUCAUGGACAAUCCUGAUCUCAUUGUUACCUGCAUCGUUGGAGAUGGCGAGGCUGAGACUGGGCCAACAGCUGCAGCGUGGCAUGCUAUCAAGUACCUUGACCCGAAGGAGUCUGGGGCGGUAAUCCCCAUUUUGCAUGACAACGGUUUCAAGAUCAGCGAGCGUACCAUCUUUGGUUGCAUGGAUAACAAGGAACUUGUUUGCCUGUUCAGUGGCUACGGCUACCAGGUGCGCAUCGUUCAAGAUUUAGACAAUAUUGAUGACGAUCUCCAAGAUGCCCUGCAAUGGGCGGUAGCGGAGAUCAAGAACAUCCAAAAGGCUGCGCGCUCGGGAGAACCGAUCGCAAAGCCUAGAUGGCCGAUGUUGGUGCUACGCACGCCCAAGGGCUGGACAGGUCCCAAAGAGGUUGGAGGCAAGAUCAUCGAAGGAUCCUUCCACGCCCACCAAGUCCCACUCCCAAAGGCCAACGACCGCGAAGACCCAGAGCAGCUUAACGCCUUGAGCCAGUGGCUAUCCAGCUACCAGAUCAGCAACCUCUUGCAGUCUGACGGCACACCCACCAACACCGUCCUCGACAUUCUUCCCACCAACGACGCAAAAAAGCUCGGCCAGCUCAAAGUCACAUACCAGCCCUAUCUCACCCUCAAGCCGGUCGAUUGGCGCCAAUUCGGCGUCGACAAAGGCAGUUCCCAAAGCUGCAUGAAAUUCACCGGCAAGCUGCUCGACAGCGUGUUCCAAGCUAACCCCACAAAAAUCCGACUCUUCUCCCCGGACGAGCUGGAAAGCAACAAACUGGAUGCCGUGCUGGAUCACACCCAGCGCAAUUUCCAAUGGGACCAAUAUUCGCGCGGCAACGGCGGCCGCGUGAUCGAGGUGCUGUCGGAACAUACCUGCCAGGGCUUCAUGCAGGGGUACACGAUGACGGGACGGACGGCGCUGUUCCCGAGCUAUGAGUCGUUCUUGGGGAUUGUGCAUACCAUGAUGGUGCAGUACUCCAAGUUUAUCAAGAUCGCUCGCGAGGUGCCGUGGCGCGGGGACGUGCCGUCUAUCAAUUACAUCGAGACUAGCACGUGGGCGAGGCAGGAGCAUAACGGGUUUUCGCAUCAGAACCCGUCGUUUAUUGGUGCGGUGUUGAAUAUCAAGCCCGAGGCGGCGAGGGUAAGAUUUUUUAUUGCCGUCUACCUCCCACCGGACGCCAAUUGCUUCCUCUCGACAGUCCACCACUGUCUGCAAUCACGCAACAAGACCAACCUUGUCAUUGGCUCCAAGCAGCCCACCGCGGUGUACCUGUCCCCCGACGAAGCCGCCGAGCACUGUCGUCUGGGUGCAUCCGUGUGGGAAUUUGCCUCUUCCUCUUCCUCAGCGGGUACCGGUAGUGACCACGAGGAUACAGAUGUCGUGCUCGUGGGUAUCGGCGUCGAGGUGACCUUCGAAGUAGUCAAAGCGGCCGAGCUGCUCCGAACCGUAUGCCCAGCGUUACGGGUGCGGGUCAUCAACGUGACCGAUCUGAUGAUCCUUGUGCCGGAGUCCAAACAUCCGCACGCUCUGAGCAGAGACAAGUUCAAGGAGAUGUUCACAGCCGACCGGCCGGUGCUGUUUAACUAUCACGGCUAUCCGACUGAAUUGCAAGGGCUACUGUUUGGCCGGCCGGCUACAGACCGCAUGGAUGUGGCUGGGUAUAUUGAGGAAGGGAGCACCACGACGCCGUUUGAUAUGAUGCUUGUCAACCGAGUUAGCCGGUUUGAUUUGGCCGGGAAAGCGUUGAAGGCCGGUGCGGAGAGGAAUGAAGCUGUGAAGGGACAGUUGGAUGGCCUGUUGAGCGAGGUUAACAGGAGAGUAAAGGAUGUGAGGAAGUUUAUCUUGGAGCACGGAAAAGAUCCGGAUGACAUUUACGAGCCGCCUAGGUUUCACUAG